AACUGAUAAUCUGCCAACGCGUCACACCGUCUACGCUUGAUAUCAGCCAAACGGCAAUAUUUCCCCUUACUGCCAAGAAAAAGAAACAGCGAAUCCCUCGGGCCCCGUUAUUAAAAGAAGGCGAUGUCACGCCGGGCCCUCUAGAUCCUGUACCACUCAAAAGGGUACAUUUCAAGUGCCGCUUCAACGAUGUUGACCUCAUCUCCGAGGCGGGAAGCCCUUCCCUUCGGCUUCGUCGCCGAUGUGCUCUUUCAGAUCAUCAUCAAUGGCGAGGUGAACACCAUCUUGACGCUCUGCCGGUUGAACCGCGCCACAUACGAGACCAUCAAGAUGUUGGAGCCGCAUAUCUGUGGCUGGUUUAUGCGCUUCCAUGCGCUGGAAUUCGACCCCAUUCUUACCCUUAACCCGUGGACGGGAGAGCAGAGCACACUAACUGUGCACUCCCUCGUAAGGUUCUUCCAGCGCCACAACAUCGCCAAGGACUUAUCACGACAUAUUGUACCAUCAGUGUGGGGACCUUUCUGCGAUGACGGAACUCCAGAGAUGGACUUUGAAGCGGAGUUACGCCUUGCCAACCGGUUGGAACGAGGGUUACACGUCCUCUUUCACAUGGCCGACAUUGCGCGUGACACCGAAAGGCUGAAGCCUAGCAGGAAGCCACUGGCCCCUGUUGUCAGUGGGCGUCUCUUCGUGCUCGGCAAGAUGUUGGACGAGUAUGAUGAGCUUCCCCAGCACAGGAAACAGUUGAUGUCAUUCGAAGAGUACACCAACCACGUCUAUACGGUUCUAAAGUGGGGAUAUGUGGAGGCCGAUAUUGGCCGCAGGCGGCUAGAGUUCCGAGGAUGGCUUGACGAACAGACCGAGAUCGACUUUCACGCGUCUCUGCGAAUGUUGCGCGAGCUCAUGGAGCGCAUGCUUCUCCGCCACGGCCCCAAGGACUGGCACCGCGACGCCAAGAACGAAUAUAGCGUCAUAUCCUGGUUUCUCCUGAAACAACCGCCACGGUCACUGGCGAAGCUGUUCUUGAGUCCUCAGAACGACUGCUGCGAUCUUGAUGUGAAAGCUACUGAUUGCGGUGUUAGGAAGUGCCAUUUCUCAGACCCGCUCGACAACUACUGGAAAGCCUGGAAGAAUGUGCCCGACCUAGGCUGCCAGGAUUGUGACUGCAAGCGACGAGUCAGAAGUUGGAGCGUCAAGCCUGCACUCAUUGAUGCCCGAGGAAGAGAGUUUAAUCGUGCUGCAGAGCGAUACCUGAGGGAGAUGUGGAGUCAGCGACACGUCGGCCUCCAUCGUGCUUUUACCAUGGGCGUUUUCACCACAGUUAUUGGAUGAGCUGGGAUCAUUCUGUCAUAUUAUUCUUAUCUGAACGAACUUGGAAGAGAAC